AUUGUUAAAGGACCCCAGAGACGUACAGCGUGUCCACUGAGAGCCAGAGCUGAGGACGCCACUGCCUGCCCAUCGCUGCCCAUCGUCUCUCCUCGUCAGGUGACCAUGUGUCUUUGGACGAUAGCACUUGCUCUGGGCGUGAUGGGUCAGUCCUGGGCCCAGCGCUCGGAGCCCAUGUUUGCAGUGGUCACUCAGAGUGUUCUGCCCCCUGACUACGAGAACAACCCCACUCAGCUUAACUAUGGUGUGGCCGUCACUGACGUGGAUGGAGAUGGAGAUCUGGAGAUAUUCGUAGCUGGGUACAAUGGGCCAAACCUGGUGCUGAAGUAUGAUAAGAUAAAGAAGAGGCUGGUGAACAUUGCAGUUGACAACCGCAGUUCACCAUACUACGCACUCAGAGAUCGACAGGGAAAUGCAAUUGGAGUGACAGCGUGUGACAUAGAUGGCGACGGAAGAGAGGAGAUCUAUGUUCUCAACACCAAUAAUGCUUUCUCAGGUCGAGCAACUUACACGGAUAAGCUUUUCAAGUUUCGCAGUGGACGUUUUGAGGACCUGCUAAACGAUGAGAUAAAUGAACACAGAGACGUGGCCAAUCGCAUGGCAGGUCGAUCUGUAGCUUGUGUGGACAGAAAGGGAACAGGACGUUAUGCCAUCUACAUUGCCAAUUAUGCCAGUGGCAGUGUGGGGCCACACGCUCUGAUUGAAAUGGAUGAGACUGCCAGUGACCUGUCCAAAGGCAUUGUUGCUCUCUCCAAUGUGGCAGAACAGGCUGGGGUCAACAAAUUUACAGGGGGACGGGGUGUCGUGGUGGGGCCCAUCCUGAGCCACACCCUCCCCGACAUAUUCUGUGACAAUGAGUACAGCUCCAACUUUCUCUUCCGCAACAAUGGAAAUGGGACAUUUACAGAUGUGGCUGCACAGGCAGGAGUUGAGGACCCAAUGCAGCAUGGCCGAGGGGUAGCUCUAGCAGAUUUUAAUCGGGAUGGGAGGACAGAUAUUGUGUAUGGAAACUGGAAUGGGCCACAUCGGCUCUUCCUGCAAUUAAGCAACAACCGCAAACAGAGAUUCAAGGACAUCGCCUCGCAGAAGUUUUCCAUGCCAUCUCCUGUGCGCACGGUCAUCGUGGCAGACUUUGACAACGACAACGAGCUGGAGGUCUUUUUCAAUAACAUUGCAUACAGAGGGGCAUCAGCCAACAGGCUAUUUAGGGUGUCCCGAAGAGAACAUGGAGACCCGCAGAUAGAGGAGCUGAAUAUUGGGGAGGCAGCUGAGCCAGAAGGGAGGGGAACAGGAGCUGCUGUGACUGAUUUUGAUGGAGAUGGACAGUUAGAUCUGCUGGUAACGCAUGGAGAGAGUGCAGCCCAGCCCGUCUCUGUGUAUAGAGUCAUCCAGGGAUCAUCUAACAGAUGGCUGCGUGUGAUUCCUCGCACGCAGUUUGGGGCUUUUGCUCGAGGGGCCAAAGUGGUGGUCUACACGAAAAGAAAUGGUGCUCACACACGCAUUAUUGAUGGUGGCUCUGGGUACCUGUGUGAAAUGGAACCUGUAGCUCACUUUGGGCUUGGGAAAGACGUGGCCACCAAUGUAGAGGUGUACUGGCCUGAUGGACGCUCCGUGGCCAGACCAUUGGAGCUCAGUGAUCUGAAUACAGUGUUGGAGAUCUUCUACCCGAUGGCUGAAGAAGAAGAAACUCCAGCAGUUGAAAUUGAGUGUGGACAUGGAUUUAUUGUCAGUGAAAAUGGCCGUUGCACUGAUCAAGAUGAGUGUACGCAGUUCCCAUCUGUAUGUCCCCCUGAACGUCCUGUCUGUACCAAUACCUAUGGUAGCUUCAAGUGCCGUGCCAACAAGAGGUGUAACCAGGGAUAUGAGCCCAAUGAUGAGGGUACAGCCUGUGUGGGUGCUGUCCUCUGGCCAUUUGCUGGGCAAUUAUCCAUCAAGGUAAACGAGAAACAUGGGGUCCAAGCGCUAAAGGGAAGGAUGCAUGACCAUUUCAGUGGAACUGUAGAUCCUGCCUGGUAAUAAUAUAACAUCUUUGCUAUUAUGAAUCAAGGACCACAGUUGAAAGAGGUCUGGGACUUUGUGUUACUCUUGACAUUCAAAGAUGCAAAUUGAUAGCAGAGGUAUGAAGAAUAGCAAAAUGCUCAAGUAAAUAAUGACCGGUACAUUGUAGGAAGGGCAGUAGAAGUGAUAUACAACAUUGAUGUUGUUCAUUUAAACUUACAAUUUGCCUUGUUUAAUGUAAAGUAUUUACCUGAGCUGAAUGAAAUCAGUUAAAUUGCACGUGAAGUAUUUUUAAGUUAAAAUGACAAACCAUUUUUACAAUGCAAAAUUACCCAAGUACCUUUUAGUACAAGUACAUAGGUACCAGUCAAAAUGAAGCAUCUGUCUUUCAAUGAACACAUGUAGCCAAUCAGAUCAGAGAUCAUUACAUAGAUCAGUCUUAAAGGCACAGUUAUACAUUUAGCCUGUUUGAUUCUAAUGGUUAAAGAGAGGUUUGAAAAAUGUCAUGCAGGAAUGCUUUGAAACACAAACAUCAUGUGUGGGUAGAGAGGAAAAGUAACAACCUCUGGUCGACAUGCAUAUUGUCAAACCAUCUAAACCGUAUUAAUUGAUGCUGGUACCCCUAAAAUGUACACUGUUCUUUUAAAACCUUAACUUUAGCUUGUAUGGCAUUUGACAGACCUUCUUAUCCAGAGCAAUAUAGUUUUAGGAGUCUCGUCCAAGGACGCUUAUUAGUAUAGUGUAGGAGUUUACCCAGGUGGGGGAUUGAACCUCAGUCUACAGCGUAGACUGCAGAAUUGUUACCCACUACACUACACCAGCCACAGUCAUGAACACAGCACACAUCACGCUUUUUUUCUGGCAACUUAAGGUCUAGAAAUCUAUGGAGAGCUAAAAAGUUUCUGCUGUUCAAUCAAACAUAGGAAAUAUAUUAUAAACAUUUGCUUUCGUACUCAAAAGAACUUUAAAUUAUUCAAUUUCCAUGGAGUUAGCCAGUGAUGAAGUGCAAUGUAGGCUUUCCUUUUUUCCUUUUUCUUUUUUUUGUGCUUUUUAGAUCGGUGGGAGAUGAAUGUAGUUGAGGUAAUGGACUGUGAUGGCCAUGAGUAGCCAUUAUAGAAUCCUAGUGUUGGCUAUAAUAUCCAAAUAAAAAAUUACAAAGACUUCAAACAUACUCUUCCUCUGCUCCACAAACCUCUUAAUGCAGUGGUUGCAGACGUGAUAAGGUAAUGAUUGAAUCAGUACCUGUCGUGAUAAAAGAGAAUGAAAUGCACUCAGAGAUAGCGUGCUAGGGAACAUGGCAGAGAGAUCUACAGAGAAGAGGGUGUAGCUGAUAGCAUCACUGCUGGAUUGGUGGAUAAGUCUCAGUCUGGGAGGCAUGCUGCACUCCAUCAGUGAGUCUCGCAUUCGCCUGGCACUGGCAUUCCUCAUGCAGCCCAGGCCUGUGCCAGAGGGGCUCUUCCACACAAGCUUAGGCACUGGAGUCUUUACAAACACGCUGCCUAAAUGGAACAGAACAUUCAACCUCUGUGGCUCUCUGUUAGCUGUAAAAGCAUAUUUUGGGAACAAAUGCAAAACAUAUUGUGCGGAUUAAAGGACUUUCUGAAUCUAUUAUUUGUUGGAGUUUUGUAAAAAGGCUAUGCCUUAAAGAGUCAGUUUGCUUCACCACACUGUUUAUUAUGUUUUACAUGUUUAAUGUUUAGUCAUUAUUGAUUAUUAUUGACUAUCAAAAGGCCAAAACUAAAGUACAACUACUAAAGUAAAAUCUACUGUGAGAUACAUACCUGUCACGAUUGGCCCCUCCCAGUCCUGUCCAUGUGUUCGUGUUGUGUUUAAUUCCCAGUCCUGUCCAU